AUGCGGGGCACCGGGACAGCGGGACAGCGGGCGGACCCCGGCGGGGACGUGGCCGCGGUGGACCUGCUGGCGGACCGCGACGACCUGGAGCGCGUGGAGCUCUUCAUCGGGUACCCGGCGCUGCUGCUGCAGGGCGCGGCCGCCUGCUGCCUGCUGUUCGUCGUGGUGGGCGUGCCCGGCAACCUCAUCACCAUCAUCGCGCUCAACAGGUGCAAGAAGGUGCGCAACGCCACGGCCGUGUUCAUCAUGAACCUGGCCCUGUCCGACCUGCUGUCCGGACUGCUGACGCUGCCGCUGGCCGCGUCCACGUUCUGGCGCCGCUCCUGGGCGCACGGCUCGCUGCUCUGCCGCCUGUUCCCGCUGCUGCGCUACGGCCUGCUCGCCGUGUCCCUGUUCAGCGUGCUGGCCAUCACCAUCAACAGAUACGUCAUGAUCGGCCACCCCACGCUCUACCCCAGGCUGUACCGCGGCCAGUACCUGGGCCUGAUGGUGGGCUGCACGUGGGUGUGCGGCUUCGGCGCGCUCGUGGCCACGUGGCUGGGCAAGUGGGGGCGCUUCGGGCUGGACCCGCACAUCGGCUCCUGCUCCAUCCUGCCGGACAGCCACGGCCGCACCCCCAAGGAGUUCCUCUUCAUCACCGCCUUCGUCAUCCCCUGCAUCGCCAUCGCCGGCUGCUACGCGCGCAUCUUCUACAUCGUCCGCCAGACGGCGCUCAAGUCGCGCCUCAACUCGGCGGGCGCGGCGCGGCCCUCCCUGCGGUGCAGCCAGCGCGGGUCGCGGCGGCCGGCGAGCAGCUCCACCACGACGGGGCCCUCCACGUCCACGGCGGCGUCGUCCUCGGCGUCGGGGCCGUCCACGGAGCGGUCCUCGCACCAGUCCGUGUGCUCCACCAGGCUUUCCGUGCCGAGCGAGAUCCUGCCGCCGCAGCCCACGCCGCAGCGGCCGCCGCGCUUGUCCGUGCCCACCUCCGUCGGCGACGAGUGCCGCUCCGUCAGCUCCAUGAGCGCGUCGCCGCCGUGCACGCCGAGGCCAUCGCCGCUGCCGUCGCCGUGCGGGUCGCUGAGGAUCACGCGCUCCACGGGCAGCAAGAGGCUGUCCUCCGCCAUGGCGGCGGUCAUGCGCCGAUCCAGCCAGCCCGGCCGCAUGACCGCCAAGGACCGCAAGCUGCUCAAGAUGAUCCUCGUCAUCUUCGCCUCCUUCGUCAUCUGCUACCUGCCCAUCACCGUGUCCAAGGCCUUCCGCGACUACAUCGACGACGGGCUGCUCAACAUCGCGGGCUACGUGUGCAUCUACCUGACCACCUGCAUCAACCCCAUCAUCUACGUGGUGAUGAGCUCCGAGUACCGGCAGGCCUACAAGAACCUGCUGAUGUGCCGGUCCGGGGACGCGCAGAGCGGCGCGCUCAGCGAGGUGCGCGGCGACAAGUGCUCGGGGAAGUGCUCUCGGGCCAGCACCCGGCAGCACGCCAAGAGGCCCCCCGACCCCACGUGA